GAUUAUAACUUUUCAGAGUUAAGAUCAGAGAGGACACAUUUGCUGAGAACCAAGAGUUGGGCUACAAGACAUUGCAGACUAGCAGGAGUUGAAAUGGGUCUUCCAGCCGGGCUGUUAGAGUUCUUGGGGCCAGUAGGGUGGGGGGCAGCAGCGCUGGUAGGGGUGGUUAUAUUGAUUCAAGUGGUUCAAAAGAACAGAGAGGAGAAACAUUCUAUUUCUCCAGGAACUCACAAGUGUUUUGGUGACGAGAGAACACGGUUGAAGGAGGAAAAGUCGAAUGAAGCUUCUGGAAGAACUGGAAACUCUAGGAAGAAGAGAGUAGAACCGUGCCGUCAUGACGAACAUGAGCAUGACAUAAUAAAAGGUUACGGCCUUGGACAUGUUCACAAGUAUAAAGAUGACAAAAAAUUUCGACCAUCUUGGUGUGAUAAGGAGAAUGAAGGCAUUACAGAGGCAGACCAUAUUCCACCUAAAGAUUCUCUGAAGAAGGCCCUAAACAAUGUACGACUGGAUCGUCUCCUACAAGUGAAUCCAAGGCUUCAUGAGAUGAUCAUGAGCCUUGUUAAUGACCCAACUGGACAGAAACUGUUAACCAUGAGGGUUCUUUACCAGGAUCACAGAGAUGCUCUGACCACUGGUAGCAGCAAAGAAUCUAAAAUAUGCAGGUGGACUUUGACACAAACCAUUCUAAGCGGAAAAGAUGAUUGUGCAGUAAAAAUGCUGGAGCAAGCUUUUAUCAUGGGUCAUCCUAUAGCUUCCCAGAUGCUCAGACAUGAUGCUGGAUUUGUUGACGCCGCACUACGUACCGAGGGUAAAGUUCACAUGUCUGAUGAAGGCACAAGGAGCUACUACAGAUAUGGCUACACUGACCUGGUCGAUGAAUAUCUCUACAAGGGGAUAAUCAACGAUGGUCAAGCAAAAGACCUCAAAAUAUGGGUGAAAAGAGAGAUGCACCUGGACCGGGAUACCGCAGAGUAUAAGGAGAUCCUUGAAGACAUUAAUGAUUUCUAUGACUGUUUUCAUAUGUUGUAGGCUUACUCUUACAGCAGUAUCCAAGGGGAAAGAAUCAAAAGUAUACCUUCCAUCACUUAUCGAUCAUAUUUUGGAGUAGCCUACAAUUUCAUGAAUUUCAUGUUGAUAAACUCAUCUUAUAAUUAUAAUGUUUUGCUUUACAACAUGAUUGGUUGAUCCACAGAUGUUGCAAUCUCUAUUGCACUCCACACUGCCCUUUCCCACCUGGACGAAAGGAACAUCUAUGUGAGAAUGAUGUUCCUUGACUACAGCUCAGGGUUCCACACCAUAGUGCCCUCAAAGCUCAUCACUA